ACGGUGUGUCCUCACUGUUCUAUCUGUCGCGUCGGAUUGCGUCCGCACACGAGUGACCCAAUUGCUACACGCUUGGUUGCAGAUUUCAUGAGUGUCCUCCACUACGUCACAGAAUUUUUCUUUUGCUGACCACGGACGCGACGAUCAUGGGUAGCGAAGUGAGGGAGAAUGCAAAAACCAGGAAGGAGUUCGUCUUCUGUGGCCAAUUCUGCAAGGUUUCAGAUUUUGUGGAAUGAUCGUAGGUGCCGAACCGGAGAUUCAUGAGGACAAUCCGAAGGCCGGCAGUGACACUCGUGGACUGUACAACAGGUGGCUAAAUGCCUGGGACGGCUGGAAGAUUGGAUUUAGUCAUUUCGUGGAUCUACGAGACGAACCUACCGAGUCGGUACUGUGGAAGAUGCUGGAUCGGCGUGCGGCAGGCAUCUUCCCUCGUACUCAAAAAGGGGCAGACCUGAUCAUCCCGAUGUUUUGCAACGAUGAAGUGUCGUUUAUCCUGAUCAAAGUGACGAACCGAGUAGAAGAAAACGAGCGUCCUGAAUCAUUACUGCAAAAGCUUUCACCACUACACCUUUUCAAAGAGGGAACCCCGCUUCGGAAAAUAGACAGCGCCAAGAUGAUUCGACUUAAUGUUAUUCUAUGCGACGAGUCAAAUGCUUGCGGUACCUCUGCGCAAUCCGUCGUGAUACCAAGUCGCGGCAAUGAAAUCACAGAACUUGACUGCGCGCUGUAUAUUCGCGGUCCAUUUGCACCACAUUCGGACGCAGACAACGUCACUGAGACUCGUGGACGGUGGUCGUUUUUGUCAGCGAAGCUGAUCAAGCAGUCAUCAACUCAGCGUGGCGGGAUGCCAAGACACAAGUUGAGAGUGACCUUGCCAGCCACGACGUUGACGAAAUCUACGGCAUUUCGUGCACCUCUUUCGCGUAAGAAUGGCAUGGAAGUGGCAUCAAAGACACUUGAUAUCUCCUUUGUGAACACGUAGAAAUUGGUAAGAGGUAGCGAAGUACGUCAUGAUAAUCUCAAAACCUGAUUGUCAAA